CAAGGCCCCGAGCGCGUACGUCCGUCCACCACUCCACCACACAUCACGCACUUCGCGCCGCAGCAGACCACCACACGUCCAUCGAAGGGGGAGGGAGGAUGUGGCCGUCGACGACGUCGUGGCUCCCGUUCCUGUACCCGCCGCCGGGGUCGGCGUACGUGGCGGCGAUGUCUGCGGUGUCGCUGGUGUCCAUGGCGAACGCGGGCCUCGCCGAGCUCCGCGGCGAACACAUGGCCUACUCCAAGUUCUGGCACGUCGUGGCGGGCGGCGGGAACAACAACAAGCGGGGCGGCGGCGGCGGCGGCACGGGCGCGCUCUUGAUGAGAAGCCGCGACGGGAUGCUGCUGGCCUACGCCCCGGCGCUCCUCGCCGCCGCCGCGUCCUUCGCCGUGCCGGGCGCCGUCGAAGGCGCGCGCGCGCAGCUCCUCAGCGCCGCGCUCGCCGCCCACUUCCUCAAGCGGGUUCUCGAGGUGCUGUUCGUGCACCGGUACAGCGGGAGCAUGCCGCUGGGCACGGCGGCCACCAUCUCCUGCAGCUACCUGCUCAGCACGGCCACCAUGAUCUACGCGCAGCACCUCAGCCACGACCUCCCGGACCCCGCCGUCGACAUGCUCUACCCGGGCGUGCUCGUCUUCGCCGUCGGCCUCGCCGGCAACUUCUACCACCACUACCUCCUCUCCAGGCUGAGAGCUCGAACCGGAGACGGCGGCGGCGACGACAAGGGGUACAAGAUCCCCAGGGGCGGCCUGUUCGGGCUCGUCACCUGCCCGCACUACCUCUUCGAGAUCCUCGCCUUCUUCGGCUUCGCCAUGAUCGCGCAGACGCUGUACGCGCUCGCCGUCGCCACCGGGACGGCGGCCUACCUCGCCGGCCGGAGCUGCGCCACCAGGAGGUGGUACCAGUCCAAGUUCCAGGAGUUCCCGGCGAGGAUCAAAGCAUUGCUGCCGUACGUGUUGUAGUGAUCAGCUAGGAGAGUGAGUGUACUUUACAUGUGUGUGCUUGUAGCUGACGUGAACUUUAUCUUUAUUACGGGCAAGAACAGAGCCAUAUUUAUCUGUCAACAAAUUCUUGGGUGGAAAUGGAAACCUGUCGAGCUCUGUACCUCUUCUA